AUGCAGCCUGCAAAUAUCACCAAACCGGUCCACAUUCGUCCCCAAAACGUGAUUAGGAGAAAGCUGCAACCACUCACACCGGUCAAGAACAGCCUGCAACCUCACCGUAUCAUCCCCGACAAUAGCACAAGUCGCCAAAAUAAUCAGCAACAGCUCCCCAACAUGCCCCAACCACUCCUCUUUACCCCUAAAAUCCCAACCCAGCAUAUUAUUCAGGUGAUCCUCAUAACUAGCCGGAUCAAGGUAAUUGCCAAUGCAGGAAUACUUCCCGCACAGCCAAGCCUCAAUCACCUUACCAACGGGAAGCUAUUCCUCCUCUACAGUGUGCAGGUCAAGUAG